GACUGUUUCUCUCCACGAGGAAGAGUUCUGUUGUCAUACGGCAAGAGUGUAUCGUUCUUUCCAUUUUAUGCGUAUUGGCACAGGUUAUUUACGCAAAAGUGUUGUGUAUGUAUGGGAAUUUGUACGACCAGCGUUCAACACUGAUUAUAUACACGGAUUUGUGGUGUUUGUGAAUGGUGGUUGGAGAAGCAGGGAUUUAACACUGAAUUCACCGCGAUGUUCGUGUAGUCACCACGGAUUUUUAUCCGGAUAUAUUUUGCUCAUUUCAGAAAAUGUGAUCCCAAACAAUUCCUGGAUUCUUGCAAGACAAGAAGAUUCAGUGCAUCACAAAGGCUUGCGAUAUUGCAAACGGAUUUUAAAUUACCUCUGGUCCUCGAGUGAUGAAUCGCUCAACUCGGAAGGCGACUGAAUAACAUUGACAAGAUCUCACAGUGUGAGGAAUUACGUGUAUCGUUAACGGAGUAUCUUGUGAAACCUUUCCGAAGAAGGAAGAGAUGCAAAAGGCGGAUUACUGACUCGGGAUAUACAAAAACUGGGCUUGAAGGAGCAUUGGAUUAUACGCACAUUGACUGGUUGAGCUCAGCUUGAGCUCUGCUUCGGUCAGCUGACUUUUAACGAGCCUGCCGAAGCUAAUAGCGCUGGGAGAGGAAGUGUGUUCUCCCGGACUCACGUGCAAGAAAACAGUUGCUUUGUGGGAUAGCUUGAAGCAAAGCAGACGGCUAACGUGUGGUACCUGUGUUUUAUACCAUGGAGUAAUUACCUAUAGCGUUUCCGUCCAACGUUUAAGGGCUUGCAUUGUAGAGGACUGACCAAGCCUUCAUGCUAUAGAGGUGUACCUAUUUGGAGUAACACUAUUGCACUUGGAUUUACUUUGUGAUUCUAAGGAUUUCUACAGAAAAGCAGUGGAUGUACCCAUGUUGGAGUGUGAGUUAUUUUCAUGCUGGGUUUAGACUAGCAUGAAGAAUGAUGGUGGACUUCCACAACCACGGCAGUGUCGGCAGAGUCUUCAUGACGGGAGUACUUACUGUCAUCAUCUUCGUCAUCAGCGGACACGCACUAGGUGACCAGAGUAAUCCCAGGAUAGUGGAACAUCCCGACGAUGACUACGUUGCAAAGAACGAACCAGCAACACUCAACUGCAAGGCCGAAGGCAACCCACCACCCAAAAUUACAUGGUAUAGGAAUGGAAGACGAGUAGUUACCUCCCCUGAAAACCCCUCCUCCCAUCGAAUGUUGUUGAAUAAUGGACAGCUUUUCUUCCUUCGUGUGAUUCACAACAAGAAUUACAAGCCAGAUGUUGGAGUGUACUACUGCAAUGCAACUAAUAUUCAUGGAAGUGCUAUCAGUCGAAAUGCAACACUAGAAAUAGCAGUUUUACGAGAUGAGUUUCGAGAGGUACCGUCUUCUGCGACUGUGGCUACAGGGGAGACUGCAACAUUCCACUGCAAACCCGAAGGGGAGCCGGAACCGAAGGUUCUGUGGCGAAAAAAUGAAGACCCUUUGACGAUAGAUGGACGAAUAUCUAUGAAUAACAAUGGUGACCUAGUAAUUGAGAAUGUCCAGGUGACAGACGGUGGCGAAUACACAUGUCUGGCUUUAAACAAGGGAGGCGAGAAACUCAGUCCGCGUGCAAGACUCACUGUAUUGGAAAAACCUAAGAUUCGUCAGCUCCCGGAUGAUAUCCAAGCAAAGGAAGGUGAUACCGUUGAACUAAAGUGCCAGGCUGUAGGUGAUCCUGAACCGACUGUCACAUGGAAAAAGCAGGAUGGCCGAAUACCCUAUGGGAGAGCACGGCAGCUGAACGACGGCACUCUGCGGAUAGAGAUGGUACAAGCUGAGGAUGACGGCCAGUACAUCUGUGUGGCGGAGAACCUGGCUGGAACGGUGGAAGCAGUGGGCAGACUCUCCAUCCAGACGGAUCCCUCCUUCCUGAUCAAACCUCUGGACCAAGUGGUGGGCCUCGGUCGCACAAUAACACUGCAGUGUGUUGUCACUGGCAACCCAUCACCAACUGUCUUCUGGAGCAAAGGAUCGGAACAGCCUUUGAUGUUCCCGAACCAAGAAAGCGGCAGAUUUUCUGUGGCAGAAGAUGGAACAUUUAGAAUUGAGCGCGUGCAGUUUGAAGAUGAAGGAGAAUACGUGUGUCAGGCUUUGAAUGUCAUCGGUAGCGCCAAAGCUACGGCUCGGAUUGAUGUUAGACAAAGAACGUAUUCUAAUGAACAAGACUCCCGACCUCCACCAAUCAUCAAGCUGGGUCCCCAGAAUCAGACACUUCCGCCGGACGAAAUGGCAAUGCUGCCAUGCCAAGCUACUGGGAACCCCCAGCCAACCAUCAGGUGGUAUAAGAAAGACCGACCAAUCCUCGGCACCAAUCCACGUCAGGUGAUUCUGGACUCGGAACUCUGCAAAUAUCAGAUGUACGGGCCAGCGACUCUGACAUGUAUACAUGUAAAGCUGUCAGCGAGACAGGAGAGACCGCUUGGAGUGCUUACCUUAAAAUUACUGGCCGAGGUCCCUACAGGCGGACACAGAAAUCUCAGAUUUCCAGGGAGACCUCUGAAGCCCGUGGCAACAGAUGUGACCGACACAAGUGUUCACCUAACGUGGCAGCCCAACACCAAGAAGAAAGGAGAUUCACCAACCUUUGCUUUCAUUGUGGAGUAUUUCAGCCAUGAGACAGAACAGGGAUGGGUUGUGGCCUCCAAUUCUAUCACCCACGAGAGUUUCACCGUCCAUGGCCUUGAACCGGAGACACAUUACGUGUUCCUUGUGCGAGCUGAAAACUCUCAUGGAAUCAGCCAACCCAGUGAGGUAUCCGAUCCAGUUGUCACAAGAGAGCGAAGAAAACCUAAUAAGAAGAUCAAUUUGCCCAAGUCUGUGAUCAGGGAGAAGCUGGAUGGAAUGGUUGUGGAGAUCAUGAAAGGGGAGGCCAUUAACGCCACCGUCAUCAAGGUCACGUGGAGGGUUUUGAAAGGGAGAGAUGCGAUUGGUGGCUUCAUCAUUGAAUAUAAGAAGAUCACGGAUCUUCGGCGAAUGACCUACGGGACAGUUAUAACCAAGAAGGUCCUGGACCCAUACAGCACCUCCUACAUGCUGUACAACCUCCACAGCUAUGCCUGGUAUGAGAUCUGCAUCAAGGCUUAUGGCGGUGAAGUCAAAUCCCAGUGUAGCAGUCCUGUUAAAGUGCCGACAAAGGAAUCAGUGCCGUCUGCUCCCCCAGAAAACAUCAUCAUCCACAAGGAACAGGAGACUGUGAUCCACAUCCGAUGGUCUCCUCCUCCGAAGCCGAAGAGGAAUGGAGAUAUCCAAGGCUAUGAUAUAUACUGCAUGGACAAUGACCGGAAACACAACUGUAGCCUGUCGACCAAUGAUACGACAUCAAGUGCCCUUGUUAGAAACAUUGAUGCCGACCUAACGUACAGGAUAAGACUAGCAGCCAAGACCAGCAAGGGCCUGGGUGUGUGGAGCAAAACAUUCGUUGUUGGACCGGAGCAGCCGAACAUAAUGAAAGAACCCUGGUUUAUUGGAAUGCUGAUCAGCACAAUUGGAGGGACAUUGUGGCUUGCACUUUGCAUCUUUAGUGUAUGGCUGUGUCGUAAACGUAAAAAUAGGAAAAAGUUGGCUCAGAAUGGAAUGUACAGUGCUGUACCUGUUCACAAGUCAGAUGAAUCAGCCAGAGGUGGCAAUGUUUUGUCCAGAGAAGAUGUGGUGUAUGCGCAGAAAGAUGGAAACAUGCACAGUAACCUGUCAGGCUAUGGCGUUCUUCAAUCCGACCUGGCUUCCCUGCUGGACUCCGGCAACAAGGAUGUGGAGCUGAAGGACCAGAACAUCUACAACUCUGCCGGCAUGAUGCCCCAGAUGAAGACGUUCUACCAGAAACCAAACUCCGUACCUGUCUCAGUUGCCCCCUACGCCACCACCACUCUCAUCAACACCAGCAACCAAACUGGACGACCCAUACAAACCAGUGGAAUGGAGAGUGCUUUCCGCCCAAUCAACCAUGCCUACGUCCAUAGCAGUGCCAGUGGGUCUGGAGACAGCUGCCAGAAACCGGAACUACGGACCAGCGAUUCCAACACCGACAACAGCAGACCCAACACAGGGUGUACCCACGACGAGAUCCAGUGCUUGGCCAGUCCUGGCAGCGAUAGUGGUAGCCUCACUACAGAUGAAUAUGGAAUGCCUGUCAAGAGGACAAAGAAAGCGAAGCCAUGUUGCCAGGGAAAACAGGCCAUGGUCAACUGGGCAGAACUACUCCCACCUCCCCCGGAACAUCCCCCUCCAAGCGACAUUGGAACCCCCCCAGAAUCGCCCAUGAAUACUCUCAACAGAAUGGAACGUCAACGUCAAAUGAAUAACCGUAGUCCUCUUUCUCCUGUCUCCAAGAUUUCGGCAUGUUCUUGCCCUGUUCCUCACGACCGAAUGCCAGCAAACAUUAGGUGUGUGCCAUACUCUGAUACUGAGUUCGGAACCCAGCCAAGGAUGCACGAUUGUCGGCCAUAUUCUCCCAAACAGCUCAAUAACAACCGACAAAGGACUCAGUCUCCAACACACGAUGGGAGGGCCCAGUCCCCACGUGGGUUCAUGUACCCUCCGUGUCACGGGGGAGGUAAUGAUUGUCACAUAUACCUACAGCGUCCGUAUCACAGUGACGCCGAGCGAACACACAUGCCAAUGCAGGCUUACGGACCCACGUCAUUACAUGGAUAUAAAAUUAAACAGAUGGAGAAUGAUCUUAGACAUUUAAGCGAUCCUGAACAGGGUCCUCUCCCUCCGUCUCGGAUGUGUCCUCAUAGCAUGAAUUCCACAGAGAACCCCCUGAUGGACCGGGCGUGUCAGUCCUCUCUCCCCAGCCUCGCCAGUGAAUGCAUGCACUCUCCUGUGUGUCACGGCAGGAACGCUGACUCCCCCACGUCGGAGGAUCUUCAGGAUUAUGCAGGGGAGUCUGAUAUGGAGGGGAACAGACUGACGGACUGCCCCACCCCGGACUCCAGCAUGAACGGGGAGGGAGACGGAAGUGUAUCUGGCUCCGUACUAGCAUCAUGGGCAAGUGUUACCGACCAAAGCAAUACCAGUUGUAGUAGUCUAAGAUCUAGUGCUGCCAGUUCAAGUGAAGGCUCAUUUCUUGCCGCAGAAACCGAUUUUGCCACGGCUGUUGCUCGUGCGGCAGAAUUGUCAGGAAUGACUGUGGUGGGAACUACCGUGUCAGAUCCCAAGAAUGGGAAGAAAUACAGGAAGCAUCAUCGUCAACAGCGACCAACCAGCCCCUACAGUACAGACAGCAACUACAGCGCUGUGGUUCAUAAACCCUAUCCAAGGUCACAACGAAAGAAACAACUUGUUGAUCAAGCCAAGAAGUAUGGCUGCCGUGGCCGUACUGACCAGAUGGACUCAUGCCUGUCCUACGCACCCUGUGAUAGCCAGAAUGGAGUCGCUGACCUACCCAUGUACUACAGACCCAAUUUCCCAAUGCCCGCCGCCCUACCCACAAGUCCAUGUGGUUCCACUCGGUCAUCUUUGUCUGGGAAGAGCCAAGCUGGCUACAUGUCUCCAGGAAUGGCCAACAAUGGCCACAUUUACUGCACGAUACCCCGCAUUGCCACCCCCACAAGACCCCAUGUACGGCUCCCAGGACGGCAGUGUGUAUGGUAUACCCAUGCCACCGUCAAAUAGCAAUCUGUAUCAGUCAGGGAGUGAUAUCCCCAUAGCAUAGAAAAUUGAUGUGGAAAGUGAGCUUGAUGAAUUGGUCACAUGACCUGUGAUGGCUUUAGAUGACUUCAUGCUAAAUUGCUAUAAUGUCUAGCUGGUGGAAUGUGGAUCUAAAGAAAUUGUGUGUGUAGAUGAAGAAGAUUGCUUUGUAACCAUAGUGACCAUGUAUGGUUGGCAUGGCAACAUGGCAGGGUUGCCCUGUCUAUGCUUCAUGUGAUAUCCGCUUCAGUGGUAUCUGUGUACAUGGCACUGCAUGUCUACAUGACGGAUCGGCAGGACAGACAGUGUAUGAUACAAGCCAAGAUCCACGUGUCCAACAGGUUAUCUGUAGACUAGCAGCAUGGCUGUCACAGCCAUGAGCGAUCUGUGAAAGAAGUCAGGACUAACACUAGCAAUAUUGUUGGUUCGCAUACUUUUGAUUGGCAAUAUACCAAUCCUCUGAAUGUGGAGUACAGUACCUGGAUCCAGGAAGAUCCGUGAAAGCAGUCUACAACUGUCUGAGAGGAGAUCCAUCACUUUUGGUGCUAGAUUUGAUCCAAACUGGAUGGUUCAGCUAGAAGGACAUUCAUACCUCGUGUGCAGUGGUAGAAAAUUCUAAGACACCAAAUUACCUCGGCCAAAAGACAUAAAUCAUGCAUCCGUUGAGGUGGCAAGUGAGGAUAAAUGAAGCACAUUUCAUACGAAAACAUAUAAACUGAUCUUUUCCCGUGCAAAUGGAAAUGGAAGAGAGUUGUCUUGAGAACUAGAACAGUGAUGAACGGUCUCUCCACUGCUCUUCGAUGUUCUUCACUCAAAUUGUGUGAAUUCACUGGACACAUUGGGAGUAUUCUACUCGUGUGACGUGUGACGUGCAAUGAAAGGCAAUGUACUGCUUGUGCUGCCCACAAAGAAACACAUCUUCUAUCCAGGUCGACAUUUGUGUGAGGUAACACCAAAGGAUCCCUCAGAGCGGUGCACUAUCAAGUACUGUUUAGACAGGUGCCUGUUGUGUGAUCGACCUCUGUAGUACUCCCAAAUAUAUUUCCCAUCAGAGUUAGAAAUGUGCAACCAAAACCACAACUACUGUAGAGGCGCUUUCAAAGGAAAUGUACAGGACAAAAAAAAGGUUUUGUGGGCUCAUCAUCCGUUUGCUCUGCUAUGACCUUCGCCAAGGUUAUUGUCGCUGUUAAGUUCAUCAGUGCUUGUUGACCUUUAACCAUUGACCUUCAGCUGUAUAUGGUGCUAAGAAAUCCAUUCAGAGCAUUUAUUGCGAUUCACUGUUCACGGAGUCUACUACAUUGUACAUAGUUCUGCAUAUUCUCCAAGGAUGGCGUGUUUGAAAGUGCUAAUGGAUUUCAUAAUGCCGUCGAAUACAUACGGUCGCGUCUUGCCAUAAACUAUAACAUUAUUCUCUGGAAACCAGUCCUAUUGGAAACUGCAUCAUUUUUUACGUAGACAGUUGGACCUAUACACGAUUGUUGCGGCAGUAGGUUUGUAGUUGCCGCUGCAAGUUUGUUUCCUAUGGACUAUGAAGAUAUAUAUUUGCUAUUCAUUCGUCGAGCAGAAUUGCGGAACCCCGGCAUUGUUUCUCGUUCCUCCAUUUUGAUUACCAUAUAGCUGUGCCCUAGAUCUGUCAUACGAGAAUAUACGGAUGUAUAUUUGUGUGGAGGAGCCAUGUUUCCCACUUAAUUGGAUGUAUGUGUUGAAUAUGGCAGGUUGGACUCAUAGAGGGAAGAGAUUUUCGUGCUUUUGUUAUACAAACAUUGACAAUUUGUACACCAGUUUUACCUAGCAACAGCUUUGUGAGUCUGUCCUGCAAAUAAUAUCAUCCUUCAUUUCACAGAAAGAUGGACGCAUGUGUCAUAUCUCUCCGGGAAAUGUGUACAUAUGAAUAUGCAUAUUUAUAUAGGAACCCCUGCAUAAAUUUGGAUCAAUUCCUGGCGAGUUUUCGUCGUUGUCAUAAUAAAAAACUACAUUUUCCUUCUAUUUUAUUGAUCUCCAUUCAAUGGAAAGUCUCAAGUAUUUAUUUAUUAGUUCUAGCUAAUUUGAGUUUGUAAUGAAAUUUCAUGUCUGUGGCUCGUUGUGCUCACAAACCAUUUGUUUUUGAUGAGCAGAUGAAACAAACAUAAUCUACAGCAAAGCCCAGUAAAGAAAUUAAAGUGGUUUUUUUUGCAUAAGUCUACAUUGAUCAGUAUUUUUCAACCAUUUAUGCAGAUUUGACGUUGUCUGUGAAUGUAAGGGUACAGAUUGUGUAUAGCAUCUUGUUUCAUGUACAUUGCUUGUCUCAAUUACUGUACAGCGGGUUAUUACACUAGUGGAGGCCGACCAAUCAGUAUGCAUAAUGGAGAAUACAGUUUAUUUGUUGGGGUAAACUCUUAAAAUGUUCAUGUUUUGUAAGCCAAUCAAAUUAGCAUCAGCUGAGUUCACUUUGAAUGUGAAAGUUCCGAUUUUGUUUUCGUAGGUUUUGAUAACGUAGCUAUUCAUAACCUUUGCUUUGAAAUGUAAGAGUUGAUCUGCUAAACCGUACUUUAGGAAUAUCAGAGAAUCAGACAUAAACUGCAAUAGUUUCACACUGUGAUAUUUCUGGUUUGAAUAUUUGGGAUUAUUUUUUUGUUUGUUUCAUUAAGGUUUGUUUUAUACCAAUCCCGUGUCUAUGAAGGUAUAUGUGCGAUUGUGUUUCUCAUGUACAGACAGGAGCAGACUUUGCAGAGUACGACAAAUCCAACCAUGGAGGAAUAGUUACACAAAUUCAUUCAUAUUUUUGAAGAAGGGGUCCCAAAUAUGACCCUGUUCUAGAACUAACAUGUAAUGCACGACAACCCUGUGCAUCAUUUAUCGACAAGAUUGAAGAAACUAUGUUCUAAACAACUAUUGUCAUUUAUUACUUCCCAGUGACAAGUAGACGGUUUUGUAUACCCUGUAUGUUCUCAUUCUUAAAAGCAAUAUCAUUGUGGAUUUUAUACAUAUUGUACAGUCAUCUGUUAAUUUUGUAUCUAUGUAUGUAGGUAUUUAUUGUUCUAUAUUUUGUGUGCGUAACCAACGUUGAAAUGUAAAUAAAAUGUCUGUAUAGUGAUUGGAAAAAAGACUGGAUUUGUAAACUGUCUUUUCUCUGCUGUCAAAAUCCUACCACAUUUGCAUGGUGCAAGAAAAGCAAAGCCAAAAUGCAGCCUUCUUUUUCUGUCAGGAUAUAAAGGUCUGAGAUGCUGUCAUACAAGUGUUGUUUUUUGUUUGAACUCCGUACGGAAACAAAUUAACAACACAAUGGAUGGGCAAUCACCUAGUAACUUCUAAAGACCAUGUUAUUUUCUUCUGGAUCAUUUCGGUUGAUCAAUACUGGUACGUAUUUGCCGAUUCUUGCUAAAAAUGGUAUAACAUGUACCUUUUAUUCCAAAAAGAAAUCUAAUUCUUCAAAUUGAUGUUUCCACUUGCUCAAUGAAGCUGUUUGUGCUUAAGACACUUUCUCUAUACUGUAUUAUAUUGAAUACUUGCUGCCUCCGCCGCCGCCUCGGUUUCUACUUGCAACAGUGUCAAAUCUGUAUUUCCUGCAGUCUGCCGCCAAUCAUGUAGCCAAGUUUAAGUUCUAUCAAAAGGAUGUAUUGUAUCAUAAGUUCUGAUCUGCCCUGUUCUAAUCGCUGACUGUUCUAUGUGACUAGAUUUGAAGUAAAAGGAGCAAAAAUAUUGAAUUUA